CAUCAACUCACGGCGGCUACACACCUAUAACCUGCCUUGUUGGUGUCGAUACGGGAGAGGCUCUCAUACUCGAUUGCGACGUCGCGUGAUGCUUUGGUGGUUAUAAGUGUCGAUUUCGCGUCGCGUGCCUCGUCAAGAUGUACGUUAAGCAAAUUAUUAUUCAGGGCUUUAAGAGCUACAAGGACCAAACGGUCAUCGAGCCUUUUUCGCCCAAGCACAAUGUGAUCGUUGGUCGCAAUGGUUCUGGCAAAAGUAAUUUCUUCGCGGCCAUCCGUUUCGUCCUCAGCGAUGCCUACACACACCUCGGGAGAGAGGAGCGACAGGCCCUUCUACACGAAGGAUCUGGAUCCGCCGUGAUGUCGGCCUAUGUCGAAAUUAUCUUCGACAAUUCCGACGACCGAUUCCCGACGAGUAAACCGGAAGUCGUCCUGCGUCGCACAAUCGGUUUGAAGAAAGAUGAAUACACACUGGACCGGAAAAACGCCACCAAGUCCGAUGUCAUGAACCUCCUCGAAUCCGCCGGUUUCUCGCGAUCGAACCCGUACUAUAUCGUUCCCCAGGGUCGUGUUACCGCGUUGACGAACAUGAAAGAUUCGGAACGAUUGAAUCUGCUUAAGGAAGUGGCGGGAACACAGGUCUACGAAGCGCGCCGUGGAGAAUCCCUGAAGAUCAUGAACGAGACCAACAGCAAGCGGGCGAAGAUCGACGAGCUUCUGGAUUUCAUCAACGAACGACUUGGCGAGUUGGAGGAAGAAAAGGAUGAAUUGCGGAAUUUCCAAGAACGGGAUCGUGAGAGGAGAUGCUUGGAGUACACCAUUUACUCGCGCGAGCAGCAGGAGAUUGCGGGUGUCUUGGACAGUCUCGAAGAGCAGCGGCAAACCGGUGUCGAGGAUACGGAUCUGAACCGUGACCGUUUUAUCCAGGGAGAGAAGGAAAUGGCACAAAUCGACGCAGAGAUCGCAGAAUGCAAGCAACAAAUCGAGUUCCUCAAAGUUGACAAGGCUCAGCUUGAAGAUGAACGCCGUGAAGCUUCGAAGGCCCUCGCCCAAGUUGAACUCCAAGCAAAGUCACUCGCCGACAACCAGGCUGCUGCGCAGUCCCAGAAAACACGCCAUGACCAGGAUCUGAAUUCCGUCCAAACCGCGAUCAAGGAACGUGAAUCGGAACUCCAAGAACUCCUUCCCCAGUUCAACACGGCAAAAGACCAGGAAGAUGAUAUCAAGUCGCAGCUUACUGAUGCGGAGACUUUGCGCCAACGGUUAUAUGCGAAGCAGGGACGGAAUUCGCGGUUCAAGAACAAGUCGGAGCGGGACAAGUGGCUGCAGACUGAAAUUAAAGACAACCAUACCUCCAUCUCCAUGGUCCAAGGUGUCAUGGCCCAGACUCAGGAGGAUAUCAAGGACCUUGAGAAUGAGAUUGCUUUGUUGGAGCCGGAGAAUGAACGUUUGCGCCAGCAAAUCGAUGGCAGAGGAGAUACCAUCCAGUCUGUGGACCAGCAAGUCCAGAGUGCAAAGGAUGAGCGAGACCGGUUGAUGGACCAAAGAAAAGAGUUCUGGAGAGAAGAAGCCAAACUCGAUUCGAUAUUGACGAACGCCUCGCAUGAAGUCGAACGAGCCGAACGCAACCUCUCUCACAUGAUGGAUCACAACACCAGCCGUGGUAUUGCAGCCGUGCGCCGGAUCAAACGUCAAUACAACUUGGAAGGUGUCUACGGGACGCUGGCCGAUCUUUUCGAGGUGAACGAAAGAUACCGGACGGCAGUUGAAGUCACCGCUGGCCAGAGUCUGUUCCACUACGUCGUCGACACGGACGAAACCGCUACCAAGGUUUUGGAGAUUCUACAGAAUGAAAAGGCAGGAAGAGUAACAUUCAUGCCUUUGAACCGUCUAAGGUCCAAGCCUAUCAACAUGCCUCGGGCCAGUGAUACGAUUCCCAUGAUUGAGAAAAUGCAGUAUGACUCUGCAUAUGAGAAGGCGUUUAUGCAUGUGUUUGGAAAGACGAUCAUCUGUCCCAACCUGCAAGUUGCGUCGCAGUAUGCUCGAAGCCACGGUGUUAAUGCUAUUACCCCAGAGGGUGACCGUUCAGACAAGCGAGGUGCUCUUACGGGUGGUUUCCACGACUCUCGCUCCUCUCGUCUCGACGCUGUGAAGCAUCUCACAAAAUGGAGGGACGAGUUCGAGGGCAAGAAGACCCGCGGCACAGAGAUCCGGCGAGAACUUGAGAAGCUCGACCAGGUCAUCACUCGGGCCGUUGGUGAAUUGCAGAAGCUGGAACAACAGAAACACCAAGUGCAGAACAGCAGCGGUCCCCUACGGCACGAACUGAGGAGCAAGCGUGAAUUGCUUCAAAAGCAACAGGAUAACCUCGAUGCCAAGCGACGAGCUCUCCGGAACAUCGAGGCAAACUAUGCUUCUCUGUCAGAUCAGGUCAAUGCGUUUGAGGCGGAACUGAAGUCGCCGUUCCAGAAGGCGCUUACCAGUGAGGAGGAAGAGACCUUGGAGACGCUCAGUGCCACUGUCCAAGAUCUCCGUAAACAGUAUCAAGAGCUUACGGGUGGCCGCAGUGAGCUGGAGGCACGGAAGUCUGUUCUCGAAGUUGAACUUCGGGAGAAUCUGCACCCGCGCCUCGACCAGCUGCUCAGCCAGGGUCUUGAUAUGGCUGAUGACGACAACGGGGGUAACCUGAAGGAAACUCAGCGCGAAAUGAAGCGCAUUGGCAAGAACCUGGAGAAGAUUGGUGACCGUCUGCGACAAGUGGACGAGUCCAUCGAGAAAUCCAACUCGCGAGUGUCUGAAUUGCAGCAACGCAACGCCGAAACACGGCGAGAAUUGGAAGACCUUGCCAAGUCGAUUGAGAAGCACCAGCGCCGGAUGGAAAAGAGCAUGCAGAAGAAGGCUGCCUUGACCAAGCAGGCCGCUGAAUGUGCAGCCAACAUCCGUGACCUGGGUGUUCUUCCCGACGAGGCCUUCACCAAGUACAAGAACACCGACUCCAACACCGUCGUCAAGAAACUGCACAAGGCCAACGAAGCGCUGAAGAAGUACUCUCACGUUAACAAGAAGGCCUUUGAGCAAUACAACAGCUUCACGAAACAGCGGGAAACCCUCACCGCUCGUCGCGAGGAACUCGACGCGUCGCAGGCAUCCAUCGAAGAGCUUAUCCAGGUGCUUGACCAGCGCAAGGACGAAGCCAUCGAGCGGACGUUCAAGCAGGUCUCGCGCGAGUUCCACAACGUUUUUGAGAAACUGGUUCCCGCGGGUCGUGGCCGGUUGAUCAUUCAACGGAAGACUGACCGUGCUGUUCGGGCGGGCGAGGAGAUUGACUCGGAUGACGAGGAUGCGCGGCAAAGCGUGGAGAACUAUGUUGGUGUGGGUAUCAGUGUCAGCUUCAACAGUAAGCAUGAUGACCAGCAGCGCAUUCAGCAGCUCAGUGGUGGACAGAAGAGUCUAUGCGCCCUCGCCCUAGUUUUCGCCAUUCAAGCCUGCGACCCAGCACCCUUCUACCUCUUCGACGAAAUCGACGCCAACCUUGAUGCACAGUACCGAACGGCCGUCGCACAGAUGCUCAAGUCCAUCUCUGACUCGACUAACGGCCAGUUCAUCUGCACAACUUUCCGUCCGGAGAUGCUGCACGUGGCCGAGAAGUGCUACGGUGUUAGCUUCCGGCAGAAGGCUAGUACGAUUGAUGUGGUCUCGAGGGAGGAAGCGCUGAAGUUUGUUGAGGAGCAGAGGGUGUAACGUAUGGAACUUUGAUGUUGUUCUUCUUUUCGGUUUAGGGAUGUAAUGACAGGCGUAUGGUGGUCUUAAAUAUUACUUUCAGUCAACCCGCUAUUCACUGUGCCAUGGUUAUGAUAUGAACGAUACUCCAUCAUUAUCAUGUAUUGCUGGU